CUCGAAUUUGCCCCGUGUGGCCCGCAAGCAGCAGCGAUGGACAGCGUCGGCGCCACGGCCCGGACGCCCAAUGCCAUGAGUCGCAUGCGCAAGAGCUACCGCCUCGACGACGAGAAGCUGCCCAUCCUCCAUGACAAGACCCAGCUCAAUGCAUCGACCUUUGCCAUGGAGGAGGAACCGGCCUCGAGCAAGUACCUCAAGAUUGGCCUCUACGGCGUCAUCAACGCCAUCAUCCUCGUGCCCCUCAUGAUCAGUUUUGCCCAAAUCAUCUUCCGCGAUCCGGUCUUCCAGCCGUACCUCUCGGAGCUCGUGAAGCUCACAAUGGUGUCCGGCGCGGUGCACCAGCUCUGCUUCUCGCUCUCGAGCACACUUCCGUUCGCGGUCGGCCAAGUGCAGGACGCCGGCCUCAUCUUCCUCUCGGCCAUGGCCAGCUCCAUCGUGCACUCGCUUCACGCCUCGGACGACGUCUUUACGAUGGAACAAAUUUUGUCCACGACGCUCUUUACGCUCAGCGGCUCGACCGCGCUCCUCGGUGUGGCGCUUGUCAUCACGGGCAAGCUCAAGCUCGCGAGCUUCGUCCAGUACCUGCCGAUGCCGGUCGUCGGUGGCUACUUUGCGUUCAUCGGUUUCUUUUGUCUCCAAGCCGGUCUCUCGAUGAUGUCGGGCCACGAGAUCAGCAACUUGCUUGACUGGGGCGAGCUUGCCAACACAAAGGCCAUCAUCUUGUGUCUUCCGGGUCUCGCCGCUGGUGUCUUCCUCUUUGUCGUGACGCAGCGCAUCAAGCACUUUGCGGUCCUCCCGACGUGCAUGUUCACGAUCGUCUCCCUCUUCUACUUUGGCAUGCUCGUGUCGGGCUCAUCGUUUGAAGACGCGCGCCAUUACGGCUGGAUCGCGCCGCUCCCGAAUGGCACCAUGUCCUUCUUCGACAUUUACAAGCACUUCCAGAUCGACCACUUCCACGGCGAGUUUGUCACGGACCAAAUCCCGACGUGGAUCGCCAUGUACUUUGUCGUUGCGUUCUCGUCGUCGCUCGAUGUCGCGGCCAUUGAAAUGGCGCUGCACAAGCCGCUCGACCACAACUCCGAGCUUCAAACCGUGGGCUGGUCCAACCUCGUGUCGGGUCUCACGGGCGGCUUUACCGGGUCGUACAUCUUUUCGUCGACGAUCUUCUCGAUGAAGUCGGGUGUCGACAGCCGUCUCACGGGCCUCCUUGUCUUUGUGCUCGAGCUCGUCCUUGUCGCGAGUCCGUUCUCGAUCAUUGCGUACGUCCCCAAGCUCUUUUUUGCGUCGCUCCAGACGCUGAUCGCGGUCGACCUCAUCAUGGAGUGGCUCAUCCACGCCCGCAAGAGCAUGUACCCGCGCGAGUACGCGAUCGUGUGGUUCACGUUCCUCGUCAUGAUUCUCUGGAACCUUCAGGGCGGUAUCGUCCUCGGAAUCAUUGGCGCCGCGUUCAACUUCAUCUUGUCGUACGUCAACACGACGACGGUUCGCCGCGUCUGGAAGCAGAGCCACGUCAAGCGCCGCUUCAAGGACCGCAAGGCGCUUCUCAAGUCGCGCGGUUCGAUCGUGACGCUCGAGCUCGACGGGUUCAUCUUCUUUGGGAGUUCGGUGCACAUCAUGUCGGAAGUGCGCAAGCACAUUCUGCUAACGCCGACCGAGCUCAUCUUGCACCAGAGCAUGCGCAGCAUUAGCUCGAGCGUCCUCCGCACACCGCGCUUGAUGACGCCCAACGUCCACAGCGACAACUCGCGCGCUCUCAUGACGAUGGAAGAAAUGACCGACUACCUCAGCGAGUACACGUCGGACUCGCCGAUUCCGGCGCUCCGCACGCGCUUCCUCGUCUUCGACUUUGACCGCGUGCGCGGUAUUGAUGUGACGGCCGUCUCGACGUGCUUUAACGCGAUGAAGCAGCUCCUCGUUGAGAACGGCAUCUGCAUGGUCUUUUGCAACCUCCCGGACGACGUCGAGGGCAUGUUCCGCAUGCACGACAUUUUUGACGACGAGACGAAGGACGCGAGCGAGUUCCCGACCAAGAUUUUCGAGACGCUCGACUUGGCCAUGGAGUUUUGCGAAGAAAACUUGCUGUCGCAAAACAGCCGCCCGACGCGCCUCGCGGCCCAGGACUCGCUUCGUAUUGCGCAGAACGGUCUCCCAAUGGACCUUCUCAACACGCUUCUCCCGCAUGAUGCGGACCCGGCCGCGCAGAUGACGGAAGCCAUCGGUUACGACUAUGUCGAAGUCUUUACGCGCGAGAAGAACGACAUUAUCUACCAAUGCGGCCAGGACGUCAACGGCUUCUUCAUGGUCGGGAAGGGCCUCGUCGAUGUCUACCUCCCACGCAGUGCCCAUGAGCGCAUGGGCCCGGGCUUUAAGGGUCGGAAGCGCAUCAUGCAAGUGACGAGCGGCGCACUCAUGGGCGACGUCGACCUCAUCUUGAACAAGAAGCACUCGUUCACCGCCGAGGCCAAGUCCGAGUGCUCCAUCUUCUACGUGAGCAAAGCGGCGUUCGACCAGCUCAAGAUUGACCAUCCGGCAGUUGCCGCGCGUUUCGAGAAGGCCAUGAUGCGCUCCAUGGCGCUCUGGAUCCUCGAGUACCGCGUCUCGGACCAGUAGGAUGUAUUGCUCGGUCGUCUAUAAACUCGGAAAUCUUAGCGUCCAUCAUUUUUGUCA